CUCAGGUCGGCUGCAUUCAUGGCGGCGCCCUGCAAGGCGGUGAUCGUCCCCGGGAACGGGGGCGGGGAUGUGGCCACCUACGGCUGGUACGGCUGGGUGAAGAGGAGGCUGGAGCAGAUACCUGGUUUCCAGUGUUUGGCUAAAAACAUGCCUGACCCAAUCACAGCUCGAGAGAGCAUCUGGCUGCCCUUCAUGGAGACGGAGCUGCACUGUGACGAGGAGACCAUCAUCAUAGGCCACAGUUCUGGGGCCAUUGCAGCCAUGAGGUAUGCAGAGACCCACCGGGUGUAUGCUAUCGUGUUAGUGUCUGCGUACACGUCUGACCUGGGGGAUGACAAUGAACGGGCAAGCGGAUACUUCAGCCGCCCCUGGCAGUGGGAGAAGAUCAAAGCCAACUGCCCUCACAUUGUGCAGUUUGGCUCCACCGACGACCCUUUCCUUCCUUGGAAGGAACAACAAGAAGUGGCCGACAGGUUGGAAGCCAAAUUGUACAGAUUCACUGACCGUGGCCAUUUCCAGAACACAGAGUUUCAUGAACUGGUUAGUGUGGUCAAGUCCAUGCUGGAAGUGCCAGGAUAGCCAGGGUGGUUCCUGCUGUUCUACGUAACAACAUGGGAGUAGGGCCACGAUCAGAUUAUUAACAGAUGACGAUCACCUAUUAUCAGAUGAAUAGCGGGCAUGCAAACCAGAUCAAAUUAAGGUCCAAAAAACACACACGUUUCAAUGUUCAAACUAAAUUACAAACAGUAUUUUCAUUUUCAAUAGAAUCCACAUCUCAAAUUACUCUGACCUAAAACAGUAUUUUUCCCAUUUGAUAAGGGACAUGGGACAGCUUAACCACCCUUACCUAUCCAAAGUGAAUAAGACAGAAACGAAACCCAGGUUUCCUGAUCCCUAGUCCAGACUAAAACUAAACAGGUUUCACGUUAUGCUGUAGGAGUUGCAGCAUAACAUGUCCUUAAACAUGUUGAGAGAGUGACACACAAGGAGGUUGAAGCAGGGGUCUGCGGGGUCAGGCAGGGAUCGGUCUAAGUCCAGACUGGCAAGGAUUAGGGCGACGGGGAGAACUCCUGCUGGGCCCUGUCUGGAUUGUUGCCAUGUGGGAACUUGGCAAGGCAUUGCCAGUUUUCUGAUUUUCAAGGAAAGAAAUUAAUACACUUUGUAUUUAGGGACCAUAAGUGUGUGUAUAUAUAAUCCACAUGUACAUGAAUUACGUUCAGUCUACAGACAUAUGGGUUAUGUUAGUUGGCAACUACAGAGUAAAUAAAAAAUCUGCAAACAUGGCAAGACACAAAGUCCAAGCCAUCCAUGUGUGACCUCUGCUGUAAGUAUUCACUUAGCCAGUGCUUUGGAGCUUGAGAAAAGCCUGAGAAAUAGACAUGACGUCAAAGGAUGAAAUCAUGGGAACAGUUUGGAUUUUGUUACAAAGCCUUAAAUAUUUUUAAAAAUGAUCUUUCCAUAUCUCAAAUUUUGUUCUGUAAAGUGUUCUACCUUUUAAUUUCCAUGGUCCUUUAUAUCUCUUUCAGCAUCAUUCCAUGAUUUUUCUUCUAAUCAUACUCCCUCAAAAAAACCCUUUUUCAUUUUCCAACGUUUUUUGGCUAUUAUUAUCCCCAAGUAACAUCUCAAAACAAUUUCCAGUAAAUUCACACCUGAUAUUUGCUGCAAUAAUGUGAAUUCCCACACUGUUCAUACCUAACGAAAAUUCAAAGCCAUCAUUUGAACCUGAAAAGGCUUUUGACUUCUAAAUGUGCUCAAAAAUGUCAGGAGAGAUUCGCUAAAUUUUUAGCAGCAAGUAUCUUAGGGGAUGGGAAUUUUGGUAGUUAUGGUGUGGUGGACGUCUCCUUUUUACAUUAUACACCUGGGGAUUAUUUGAAUUUCUGCACUGUGUCUUACUUUUAUAAUUAAAAAUAAAGAUUAAAAACAGUUUAUUUGACAAGUUAGUGAAAAACAAAGUAGAUAAAUCCACUGAAUACUUUUCUUAGAGAAGCUGUUUAGCAUUGACUUGACCAAGCCUAUAAUCAAAGCUUGAUUCUAUUUGAAUUAUUUGGAAGUAGUCAUUGUUCUACGUAUUCUCUGCCUUGUUUUCUGAAGUCCUUUCUUAAAAAAAUUUACAAACUUAUACAAAUAACAGUUCAUAAUACUUUAUUGUCCUCUUCCUCUGUAGAAAAAACCAAAUAUAUACAAUUGAGAAAUAAUUUGAUAUUCUUCAUUCCUAUAAAAAUAACUUGAAUAUAGAGGCAUACGAUGGUUGAGUUGGGCUGAUAGUACGGUAACCAGUAACCACAGGGCGCCAGCAAAGAAAACGUUCAGUUCUUCAUUCACAGAAGCCACGGUUCAGGUGCUCACCAGCCACGGCUGACUAGUGGCUUCCUUACUGGACACAGAUAUAGAGCCUUUCCAUCCUGAUAGAAGGUUCUGUUGGACAGCACCGCACUAGAGCGCGUGUUACAUGCUUCCCUCACCCACCACCAACGUAGAAGUGACUCAACUUGAAGUUACUUUUGAAGUUACUUUUGUUUGACUAGUUUGCUUAGUUGAUCACCAUAAAAAUUAUGAUCCCAUAAAACUUACUCAUCACCAAACUAAGAGAUCAGAGGAGUUUCAGGGAAGAACCCCACAUGGACUAUUCAUUUAAACCGUCAAAUUAUGGCCUUUCAUGAUUCUCUGACUCUCUACAGAUCUUUAUAAAGCAGAGAGGGGCCUUGAUAGACUCUAGGGAAUAUCUAUUUUCAGGUGAGCAAAAUACCUUACACUAAAUGGAAAUCAAGUGUAAGGUUAGGACUUCACUUACAAUUUGAUUUUUUGGUGUUGUCAUGAGUCUAGAGCACCACAAUUUGUUUUGGUCAAAAUUUACUCCUGUAGGGUAAAUACCCAUUUAAUGGUCAACAGAGGUGCUGUAUUUUAAAAUUACUGUCUCGGGGCUUCCCUAGUGGCUCAGUGGUUAAGAAUCCGCCUGCCAA